AUGCCGACUUUGGCUUUGACAGACUUCAACAUUGUGGUCAGCGUCCUCGGAGGAUGGGUUUCCUUGUUUGGGCUGGUCUCUUAUCUCUGCAAAGAGAAGUUCUACCUUUCUGGCCUGAACGUUAACCCGCCUGUAGUGAUUUCCCUUCUCGCUGGCGUGGCCUUCUCUCCGUCGGGCGCCAAUCUUAUUCGGCCUCUCGAGUAUGCCGGUUCGCAAGCCAAUCUCGAUUCGGCGACCCUCUACUUCUCGCGGCUGGUGUUGGGCGUGCAGCUUGUUCUCGCCGGUGUGCAGCUGCCCAGCAGGUACCUGCAGCGUCACUGGCGGCCGCUGACCUGGCUUCUUCUCCCCAUCAUGACGGUCAUGUGGCUCGCGACCAGCCUGCUUAUCUGGGGCCUUGUUACGCCUCGUCUGUCGUUUCUGCACGCGCUGGCUAUCGGUUCGUGCGCAACCCCGACGGACCCAAUUCUGUCCAACGUUAUUGUCAAAGGCCGGUUCGCCGACCAAAACGUCCCCGUGGAGCUCCAACACAUCAUUAUCGCCGAGUCUGGCGCCAACGAUGGCCUGGGCUACCCUUUCCUCUUCUUCGCCCUGUACCUGAUCCAGUACAUUGGUUUCGAUGCGACUCCCGAGUUUCCGGUGCCUGAAGGCGGUGCCGGCAAAGCCAUUGGCCUGUGGUUCGGCGAAACGCUCGGAUACACCAUUCUUUUGAGCAUCGUCUAUGGCGCCGUGGUCGGAUACGUCGCAAAGGAGUUGCUGCACUGGGCAGAGCAGCGUAAGUUUGUGGACCGCGAGAGCUUUCUUGUUUUUGCCAUCUCGUUGGCCCUGUUCAUUGUCGGCACAUGCGGUCUUAUCGGAAGCGACGACGUGCUGGCCUGUUUCAUCGCUGGCAACAUCUUUACCUGGGACGAUUGGUUCCGCCUCGAGACGAAAGACGAUUCUCUGCAGCCGACGAUCGAUAUGCUGCUCAACGUGACCAUCUUCAUGUGGUAUGGUGCCGUUUGUCCUUGGUCGUCGUUCCUAAACGGCCCUGUGCCGCUACCUCGCCUGGUUGCGCUCGGCAUUCUCAUGCUGCUGCUACGUCGCCUUCCCUGGAUCAUGGCCAUCCACAAGUACAUCCCGCAGAUUCAAGAAUGGCGCCAGGGCAUCUUUGUCGGUUUCUUUGGCCCAGUGGGCGUUUCGGCCAUCUUUUAUCUUUACAUCACGCUGGACUUUCUCGAGAAGCUGUCGCCCCGCAGUCUUGAUGACGGCACCGAUAACCCUGCUAAGCUCCGCCCCGAUGUUGCUACUCUCGGGGAGACCGCCACUUCUGUCGUGUGGUUCUUGUCGAUCGUCAGCAUUGUCGUACACGGCCUGAGCGUCCCACUCGGCAAGCUGGGUUUCUAUUUACCGCGCACAUUCAGCCGCGCCCUCCCAUCGUCCCCGUCGUCUGCGUCUCUUGGCAACAACGACGGGGUCCUUACCGGUCGGCGUGUGCGGAACGGUCCCUCGCUACCUGCCUUCCGAAUUGGCAGCCGUGUCAACACUAUGUCUAUCCAACCUCGCGGAGCCGAUGGUGGUGAAUCGCCGGCAGAUGCUCAGGUUUCAGCGCUGCCCGACGUACAGCCCAAUGGCGACCAAGCUCGGCACAACGGCGGUAGCGGGGAUACGGAUGUCGACAAGCAGAUAAUGGGCAGCUCCUCUUCGCUUCCGAGUGGUGGUAAUCCGGGCUCUCGGCAGAUCUACCGUAUUGGCGGUUCCAUCAUUCACGAAAUCCCUGUUGAUUCAAGUGGAAGCAGCAGCCCUAUCCGGCGCCCGGUGUACGUGGGACCUGAGAACGGCGGCGGCGAGCCUACCGACAACCAUUCCAACUCACCGUCGCCUCGUCCCUUGGCCCUGUCAGCGGCGCCUCCUCCGCCCCCGAAUCGGACCAUUCGCUUUCCAGACGAACCGCCUUACGUGUAA